UCUACUUUCCCUGCUGUUUCUUCAUACUCUGCAUCUUUUCUUUCUUUUGUCACUCAUUCAAACUCAGCACUUAAGAGAGAUUCAGUGUUGUUUUUCUUACUCUCUUAGCUAGCUAGCUCCUUCUGUUGCAGAGAGUGAAUAUAUAUAUAAAAAAAAAAAAAAAAAAACCAUUUUAGUGUUGUGUUCUGUGAAAAGGGUGUUCUGUUUCUCAUUGCAGAGAGUGAAAAAUUGGAAGCCAUUGAAACCCCACAAUUCACAAAAUGAAGUACGUGUUGGUGACUGGUGGAGUUGUUAGUGGCCUUGGCAAAGGUGUUACAGCUAGUAGUAUUGGUUUGCUUCUCAAAGCUUGUGGACUUCGAGUUACUGCUAUCAAAAUUGAUCCUUAUUUGAACACAGAUGCUGGAACAAUGUCCCCUUUUGAGCAUGGAGAAGUGUUUGUGUUGGAUGAUGGUGGUGAGGUGGACCUGGAUCUUGGAAACUAUGAGCGCUUUAUGGAUAUCAAGUUAACCCGAGAUAAUAACAUAACUACUGGGAAAAUUUACCAGUCUGUCAUUGAUAAGGAGAGAAGAGGAGACUAUUUGGGAAAAACUGUUCAGGUUGUCCCUCAUAUCACUGAUGCUAUUCAAGAGUGGAUAGAAAGGGUGGCCCACAUACCAGUUGAUGGAAAAACAGGUCCAGCUGAUGUAUGUGUCAUAGAAUUGGGUGGAACCAUAGGAGAUAUUGAGUCCAUGCCAUUUAUUCAGGCAUUAGGACAAUUCUCAUACAGAGUAGGUGCUAGCAACUUUUGCCUUGUUCAUGUUAGCCUUGUUCCUGUUUUAAAUGUUGUUGGUGAACAGAAAACAAAACCAACCCAGCAUAGUGUUCGAGGGCUACGAGGCCAAGGGCUAACUCCACAUAUCUUAGCAUGCCGGAGCACAAUGGUACUGGAUGAGAAUGCAAAAGCAAAACUCUCUCAAUUUUGCCUACUUCCGGCAGAAAACAUUCUUACUCUUUAUGAUGUUCCCAACAUCUGGCACAUUCCUUUGCUUUUAAGAGAGCAGAAGGCUCAUGAAGCAUUAUUUAAAGUGCUGAACCUUGAUGGUGUAGCUCAAGAGCCUAAUUUGGAGGAAUGGACUUGUAGAGCUGAAGCUAGUGAUUUACUUCAUGAACCAGUUCGUAUUGCCGUAGUGGGGAAAUAUACAUGCCUUUCAGAUUCCUACCUCUCUGUUAUAAAGGCCUUAGUGCAUGCUUCUGUUGAUUGCCAAAAGAAACUUUUUGUGGACUGGAUUCCAGCAAGCAAUCUUGAAGACGCAACUGCGAAAGAGAAUCCUGAUGCUUAUAAGGCUGCAUGGAAGUUGUUGAAGGGUGCUGAUGGUGUUCUUGUUCCUGGAGGAUUUGGGGAUAGAGGAGUGCAAGGAAAAAUAAUUGCAGCUAAAUAUGCACGUGAAAACAGAAUUCCAUUCCUUGGCAUUUGUCUUGGAAUGCAAAUUGCUGUCAUAGAGUUUGCACGUUCUGUUCUUGGUGUACAAGAUGCUAAUAGCACUGAAUUUGAUCCAAAUACCAAAAGUCCUUAUGUCAUAUUUAUGCCUGAGGGAUCAAAGACACAUAUGGGGGGCACCAUGCGUCUUGGAUCUAGGAGGACAUAUUUCCAGGUCAAGGAAUGCAAAUCUGCAAAAUUAUAUGGCGGCAAAAGCUAUAUUGAUGAGAGACAUCGGCACAGAUAUGAGGUGAAUCCUGAAUUGGUAGCUCGUCUUGAAAAUGCUGGUCUUUCUUUUACUGGGAAGGAUGAAACUGGUCAAAGAAUGGAGAUUCUUGAGCUACCCAAUCAUCCUUAUUUUAUUGGUGUUCAAUUCCAUCCUGAAUUUAAAUCAAGACCAUGGAAACCUUCUCCGUUGUUCUUAGGGUUUAUUGGAGCAGCAUGUGGACAACUGGAUGCUGUCUUACAACUCUCUUCAAAUUGUGAUAAUAAUAGCAUCUCAAAAGGAGUAGGCAGUGAUAUCUCAGCAGUCAAAACAUACCAAAAUGGAACAGCAACAAAGCCAGCUUAUAGGCCAGAAUAUGUAUAUGGCAGUUGCAAUGGGUUGCAUCUCUAAAUGUUACUGGUCUUCAUUUUGGGAUUUUUAGGUUAAUUGGUAUAUCUUGAGAGCUUUCAGUUGUCUAAGAGAACUUGUCUGUACAGUGAACUGAACCUUGGUAGGUAUAGAGUUUUCAGAGGAUACAAAGAAGAGCUUGAUCCCGGUCUUUUUAAUGGGGCAGCUCAUUUAAUUUUAUAAUGGUUUUUGAGUGGAAAACUCUCAAGCUUUCUUUGUCUUAUGUUUCACUGCAAUGGUAAACUCUUGGUUUUGAAAAGAUCUGAUGCUGUCUAUACAGAAAUUCUCCUGGAUUUCUACAAUUUUAUUUUUAUUUAAUGUAACGUGAAUUUUCUUUUCACAAU